AUGGGUGGAUCUCUUUCAAAACAGAAGAAGGAUGUCGAGGACAUUGUUGUUCUAGAGAAUCGUAACAGACCAAACUCUCUUUACGACGCUAUUGUUCGCAAUGAUUUGGAACAAUGUACCAAAGCCAUCGAAGAAGGCGUGGAUCUGAACGAAGAACUGAAGUUUUCAUAUGGAAAAGCAGAUGGCAAACGAUCUUUCUGUAAGUAUAUUCGCACGUUUGCAUUGCACCUAGCUUGUAUCCACCGAAGAGAAGUUAUUGUUGAAGAGCUCUUGAAUUCUGGUGCAAAUCCAUGCAUGGAAGAUUACAUGGGGCGGCAACCAAUAUCCUUGGUUCUUUUAUAUUGGCCCAGAAUACACUUCUUCGAUAAUACUUCUGGUCUCACAAAACAAGAAAGUGAUUACCAGCUGUACAUAAAACAACAACACAGGAAAUCGGAGAGAUGCUUGCGGGCUCUUUUGGCACACGGAAUUAAUCCAGACGACAUUUGCACGAAACAAGAAAGCAGGUCGCCUUUGCAUCUUUGUGCAAAAUACAACUUGACUUUGGCGAUAUCUGUACUGGUAGAAAGAGGAGCGAACAUUGACAUCAGGGACGUGAACCUCCGAACUCCACUGAUUCUUGCAGCUAAGCUCGGCAAUUCGUCGACAGUAGAAGUCCUUUUGAGACUUGGAGCGGACGCAAACGCCCAAGACGAAAAAGGGUGUUCAGCCGCUCAUUAUGUCAGUGCAACGGACGAAUCGCCAUCCACAAAUUUACUGAAGUGGCUCAUCGCUUACGGAGCGAGGGUUAAUUGUACCGACGAAGACGGAAACACACCAUUACACUACGCUGCGCGGUCAGGACGGGAGAACUGUAUAGACUUGUUGCUCAACAACAUGGCGGAUCCGGAUGUUCGCAACAGAGAAGGAGAAACACCGCUUUUUGUUUUGCUUAACCAGGGCGGAAACGGAACGUGUGUUUAUGCAUUCCGUCGCCUCUUAUCCGAGAGCAGGCAACCUAGCAUUCUCAACAAGACCUAUGCGUUCCCAACCAACGUGGAUGCCCCUUUCUACGCUCCACUGGUGGAGGAAUUGGUGAACGCAUCUGUAAACCCAUCCACCCUGCAGUGGCUGAGCAGACAUGCCGUUAGGCGAACUCUGGGAAGACAACGACUCAAUCCAACAGACGUUAUGACUUUGCCAUGUCCACAGUUUUACAAGAACUAUGUCAUGCUGAACAGUGAUGUUUUUACUAGGAAUUAA